UAUCACAAAGCCUUUUAAAAGCAUAAUUAUUUGUACAAUAGAUGGUUAUGAAAUAAUGUAAAUAUGAAAAGAACAAAUAUACAAGUACUAUGAUUCUCCAUAAUAUAAUUCUGAACUAAGCUCAUUAGUCGACAGCACAGAACAAAAUACGUACAGCAUGCAUCUGUGACCAUGUAUGGCUACAUUGCCAACAAUAUUCACUGUAGAAGGAUGCAAAGUGUUUGCACUACUGCAAGAGUGGGUAGGUGAAACUGAGUCUGGCCAUGGGGGAGUUAUUUUAUUAAAUUCUAGGUUAAAGGCGUGACUGUGGGUGCUGUCAGGACUGUGAAUCUUCACUCAGGGUGCUAAGAUCUCCCCAUGAUCAAAGGCAGACUACCAGUUGGACAGAUGUCUUCAGUGGUUGCUCCCGCCAAGCAGUCAAACGACAUGGGUCCCAAGGAGGUGGAGCUGAUUCUGGUGAAGGAGCAGAAUGGGGUCCAGUUCACCAAUUCCACCCUGAUCAACCCAGCUCAGACCACCACUGGCACAGAGGAGAGGGAGACCUGGGCGAAGAAGAUUGAUUUCCUCCUCUCUGUGAUCGGAUUUGCAGUGGACCUAGCCAACGUCUGGAGGUUCCCUUAUCUGUGCUACAAAAAUGGAGGAGGAGCGUUUCUUGUCCCCUACCUGUUCUUCAUGGUUAUUGCUGGAAUGCCUCUCUUCUACAUGGAGCUGGCAUUGGGGCAGUACAACCGCGAAGGAGCUGCUGGUGUCUGGAAGAUAUGCCCCUUGUUCAAAGGUGUUGGGUUUACCGUGAUCUUGAUCUCCUUGUACGUGGGCUUCUACUACAAUGUGAUCAUAGCCUGGGCCCUCUACUAUUUGUUCUCUUCCUUCACUGGGAACCUCCCAUGGGUGAACUGCAACAACACCUGGAACAGUUUGAACUGCUCGGACAUCUGGACUUUCAACAGGUCGUCCCACAACGUGACACACAGGUCUACCCCAGCAGCAGAGUACUUUGAGAGAGGCGUGCUGCACCUUCAUGAGAGUGAAGGAAUCAAUGACUUGGGCUUGCCCAGGUGGCAGCUGACUUCCUGUUUGACUGUGGUGAUUGUGGUCCUCUACUUCAGCCUGUGGAAAGGAGUGAGGACUUCGGGGAAGGUUGUCUGGAUCACUGCUACCAUGCCAUAUGUGGUCCUGAUCGGGCUACUACUUCGUGGAGUUACCCUCCCCGGAGCCAUUGAUGGCAUAAAGGCUUACUUGAGUGUCGAUUUCCACCGGCUUUGGGAGACUUCGGUCUGGAUAGACGCUGCCACUCAGAUCUGCUUCUCGCUAGGAGUUGGGUUUGGUGUGCUAAUAGCGUUCUCAAGCUAUAACAAAUUUAGCAACAACUGCUAUAGAGAUGCGAUCAUUACCAGCUCAGUUAACUCCUUAACAAGCUUUUUCUCUGGAUUUGUCGUCUUCUCAUUCCUGGGCUACAUGGCACAAAAGCACAACGUGGCUCUUGAGGAUGUAGCCACUGAUGGACCUGGACUUGUGUUUAUCAUAUAUCCUGAAGCUAUUGCUACAUUGCCAUGGUCCUCUGUCUGGUCAGUGAUCUUCUUCAUAAUGUUGCUGACCCUAGGUAUUGACAGCGCUAUGGGUGGGAUGGAGUCAGUUAUCACUGGUUUGAUUGAUGAGUUCAAGUUCCUGCGCAAACACAGGGAGCUCUUCACCCUCUUCAUAGUUCUGUCGACAUUCUUGAUAUCUCUCUUCUGCGUCACAAAUGGUGGUAUUUAUGUUUUUACUCUGCUAGACCAUUUCGCUGCAGGAACAUCAAUUCUUUUUGGAGUGCUUAUUGAGGCUAUUGGCAUUGCCUGGUUCUAUGGAGUUGGGCGGUUUAGUGAUGACAUAGAGGAAAUGAUAGGCCAUAGGCCUGGCCUGUACUGGAGGUUGUGCUGGAAGUAUGUGAGUCCUCUCUUCCUCUUGUGCAUGGUGGUCAUCAGCUUUGGAACAUUUAAACCUCCCUAUUAUGGAACCUAUGUGUUUCCAGUCUGGGCCAACAUAAUAGGCUGGUGUGUUGCCAUAUCCUCAAUGGCAAUGGUACCCAUAUACGCCAUCUACAAAUUAUGUGUCCUGCCAGGAACUUUUCGAAAUAAACUAGCCUAUGCAAUCACACCAGAGAGAGAGCAUCAUCUAGUGGAAAAUGGGGAAGUUCGUCAGUUUAAGCUUCGCCACUGGCUGAUGAUGUAAGAUGUCUGAAACUCAAAAGUCCAACUUUUAAAAUAUGGAAACCAGAACCCAAGGAACUCCUCUACACAUUGGAGAGUUUGAGUGUUGUUGUGCCAAUGGAACAGUAAAAAUCAUUCAUACGUUUUCUGUAAUUGGAAAUGUGCCUGUCAAGUAGAUCAUUUACAUGGCAUUAAUCUCUAUGCUGUUGAUUUAUGCCAAUAUCAAUCUAAUUCUAAAGCUAUAAAACGGUUGGAUAUUCUGGCAAGCCAGUAUUGUUUUGUGACCUGAGUGUUACUAGAGGUCUCAGAUUUUUAUGGAUUAAUGUUGCUGGUACUUAAGGGUAGUGUUACGUGGAAAAAAAAUACAAUUGAGAAAUAUAUAUAUAAAACGGGGUGCCAAACAUGAAGAUAUAUCUGUUUUUGGUAUAUAUAUAUAUAUAUAUAUAUAAAAUGAAUAAAAUAAUUAAAAUUAAUAUUAUUAUUUUUAGUUAGGCACUCCAUUGGAGUACUGAGGUCCUUUCAAAUAUACGGCAUUAAGAAAUGUUAUUAACAGCAAGAGGCGUCUCAGUUACCUAGCGAUCGACAAUCGGGAAUCAGAAACCAGAAGAGAGGACCAGUGAUUUUAAAAAAUCUGAUAAAACAGAUUUUCAGUAUCAGAGAAUGAUGGUUUUAUUGUAUUUGUCUGGAUUAUUAAUUUACAGGAAAUAAAAUAAUAAUACUUUACCAAUAUUUCUGUUUCUUUUUUCUUUUCUUUUUUCCCCCUUCGAGAGGUCAGCUGACUGCAGAGUGUGUUCAACUGUACCUUAAGGAGUGUAAUAGCAGUGCCGGUCAAAUUAUUAAUAUUGUGAAGGCGGCACUGUUUACACUGUUAUAACAAUUUUACCUGAACACACAUGCCAGCAGCAUGGUUAAAAUGCUACUGUAUGUGCUUCAUUCAUGACAAAGUAACCGUUUUUAUAUCUGUGUCUCCAAGUGCAGAUCAUUAUAUUGUGUCAACAUAUACAGGUGUCAGAACGCAUUUAACGGUAUGCUCAGUUCCGCUCACCCUAAGCAGCUCAGAGCGCUGCAGAGCAGAUUUCAUCAGUGAUUCGAGUGAGCGGAAGAAUUCUUGCUCAGAGCCGCUCAGUUACUUCACAGACCCAUUAUAGAAGCUGUAUUUGUUGACACAGAUGCUGUGUCACAAUAUAAACACCUGUUCCUGUUGACAGAGAAGCUGUGAUAAUAAUCACAAAGUUAAACAGUUAGUUUCACAUAUCAUAUAGCAUUGUAACCAUGCUGCUUGCAGGUGUGUUCAGGCAAAAUUGUUGCACCAGUGUGAACAGUGCCGCUUUGACAGUAUUAACAGUAUUUGACCUGCACUGCUAUUAUUGUACAGUUGAAUGCCCACUGCAGUCAACUGAUCUCUCCAAGAAAAAAAAGAAAAAAAAAAAAAUCGGUAAAGAAUGCUUAUUUUAUUUCAUGUACAUUUAUAAUCAGGACAAAUACAGUAACAAUGUAAUUCCCUGAUACUGAAAAUCUAUUUUACCAGGUUUUUAAACCUCCCCGAUCCCUGCUUCUGGUUUCCGAUUCCCAGUUUAUGAAUGCAUGGUUCUAACUUCCAUGUGUACGCAAAACUAUGAGGCGCCACUCGCCAAUAACAAUAUUUCUUGAUGGCAUAUAUUUGAAAGGACCUCGUACUCCAAUGGAUUACCUAAUUAAAAAUGAUAAUAUUUAUUAUAAUAAUUUUAUUUAUUUGUUAAACUUUUAGUUUUGACUAAUUUUUUUCAUAUUAGACUCCUUCCUACGUCAUCACCUUCAGAGUGUGCAGUGCCCCUUAAUGUCAACACCCACAUGUCGAAAUGAUCAAGAAUUUAAACAAACAUGUUAAAAAGAAAUGAAAAUACAAUUAGAAAAAAAAUGUAUUGACAUUGCUCGUUUUCAAAGGAACGCCCUUCUCCCCUGCCCUCCUCACAUAAAGAGAAAAUGGCUUAAUGUAAAAAAAACUGCUGUUUGUGUGUGUGUGUGUGUGUGUGUAAUAAAAGACAACAACCUAGUAUAACUGAAGACUUACAUGGUUAAAAUAAAACCAUGUUUGGUGGAUAUUAAUCUUGAGUUUCUAGAACAGAUACUGAUUUAUCCAUGUGUACAUUUUCAAUAUAUCCACAUGUUUAUUUUUUACGCAAACUGGUAGCCAACCUGCGUUGAUGAUGUAGAUGUUAUGAAUUUGUUAUCAAACAAAUAUAUAAAUAUCCACCAAAUGUCUGUUUCCAUUUAAAAUUAAACCACAAUGUUAAUAUACAAGACAAUAACCAAAAGUAAUGCAUUUUUUACAUUAUUUUUUAAAAUACAUGUUCAGUGUGUUUAUGGAAUAGUUCUUUAUAGCAUCGAAUAUACAUGGAAUACUAUAGUAAAAUAAAAUGUUUUGGCGAGCACUAGAGUUGCAGACAAAAGUAUUGGUACCUCAUAUUAUACCAUAAUUCAAGGUAACAUAAACUUUAUAAACUUUCACAACUUUAUAAUACAACAAAAAGCAAAAUAUACAAUUUCUAGUAAUAAUCUUGAUAAAAAAAAACUAACUAAAUUGUUUAAUUUAUAGUAUUUGUUCAUGAAAAAAGUAUUGGCACCCCUGCUUUAGUAUUGUGUGGGUCCUCCUUUUACAGCUUUCAAAAAUUUAUGAUCAUGUUGUUGGUGAAAUCUGGGCCCAUUCUGUCUUGCAUAUUUCCUUCAGCUCAGACAGAUUGGAUACACAAUGCUUGGCUACAGCUUUUUUCAGAUCAGUCCAAAGCAUUUCUAUUGGAUUGAGAUCUGGUGCUUGUAAAGGCCAUUCCAGAACUUUUAUCUUCGAUUUCUUCAAAAAUUCCAGUUGACUUAACCAUAUGCUUUGGGUUAUUGUCGUAUUAGAAGUUGCCAAUCAGUUGACAAGCAGGUGGUAUCAUUGUACU